CAUUAUAUGCACUUUGUUUAUAUAGUGGGUCGUUGUUUGAAGUCAGUCUCACCAAAGCAUCCUUUAUUAAUUUUAAUCCAAAUCAAAAGUUGAUCAUCAUGUCAGGAGUCAUUUCCACGUCACCCAGUAGUUCUUCAUGGUGGCAGACCACUGAGGCAGCUGAGGAUACCCGAGACUACGUUAUAUCAGCUGGUUUGCUGCUAUAUACUCCCGACGUCCUUCCAACUAAUAUAUCCUGUGUCCUCACUCCUAGUCCAUUCCCACGUCUUCUUUUCCAUCACGCCAUGAAUAUACAACCUGCCCUUAACCAGUUGAUCGAGUCUCUAAGCAAGGACUCUGAUUUUAUUGCAGAAGCAUUUAGAAAGAUUCUAAAGUCAGACGAUUUUGUUAGACACCUAAUGGACAUUUAUAAUGAAGUAAAGGCGUCAGGUGAUAAACAGACAACCUGUCUGGGUUUUCACAGGACAGAUUACCUCGUUGAUGUUCAGAGGUCACAUGAUGGCCGGGUCUCCCUUGGACUCAAGAUGGUGGAAAUCAACACGAUAGCUGCAGGUUUUGCAAGUCUUAGCUCUAAGAUGGCCGACCUUCAAAAGUAUGUCACUAGCCGUUACACACCUGGCAGUGUCAUUGAAGCUGAGCCUAAUGGAUGCUUUGAUGGUUUUGUUGAUGCAUUUGCGACAGCUUGGAAGGAAUAUGGACAGAGCAAUUCUGUUAUUCUAUUUGUUGUGAAGGAGAAUGAAGCAAACAAGUUUGAUCAAAGACAGAUUGAGCACGGUUUAUGGAAAAGAUAUUCAAUAAGAGUUAUAAGGAGGACAUUGACGGAGAUAGGGAAUACCAUCAAACUGACUCCCGAAAGAGAAGCAUUUAUAGAUGGUUAUGAAAUAUCUGUUGUCUACUACAGAGCUGGUUAUGGUCCCUCUUGUUAUCAUAGUGAUAUUGAAUGGAAUGGAAGGCGUCUUUUGGAACUCUCAAAAGCAAGUAACUGUCCAUCUGCCGCCUACCAGUUGAUAGGAUUCAAGAAAGUACAGCAGAUCCUUAGCGAAAAAGGGAUUUUAGAAAAAUACAUAAAGGAAGAGGGUGUUGUUUCUGAUGUGAGGCAAACAUUCACUGGUCAAUACACACUAGAGCAGAAUCCUGAAGGAGAUAAGGCAGUUGCCAUGGCACUAGAAAAUCCUCAGCGUUUUGUAAUGAAACCACAAAGGGAAGGAGGAGGCAACAACCUCUACAAUGAAGAAUUAAAAGAGACUCUCUCUAGGAUUAGUUCGUCAGAGGAGAGAGAGCGCUACAUUUUAAUGGAUUUUAUAAAUGCUCCGUCUUUUCCUAAUUUUGUUUUAAAAAAAGGUGAAAAGUCCAUCAAAAAAAUGAGAGUCAUCAGUGAACUGGGAAUAUAUGGUGCUUAUGUAAGGUGAGACAGAAGUCAAUAAAAUUAAUUGUUUUAUGGU